AUGGCUGCCACUAUGACCGGGGAGCAAAUCUCGGCUAUCGCCUACCAGCUUGAGCCUUUGACCCCGAAGGGCCUGGGACCGGCCGUCGAGUUCAUCGCCAUCGUUUUCGGGAUUGUUUGCGUGAUUGUGGUCGGGCUUCGUAUCUACGUCCGCGCUGGACUCUCGGGGGCGUCGACAAGACUAUGGGGUGUCGAGGAUUGGCUAGCAGUGAUUGGGACACUUUACCUGAUCCGUGCUUCCGAAUAUCAAACAUAUUGGGAAGUUCUCUACUUCAUCUCGUCAACAAUAAUCAAGUGCGCCAUCGGCUUUACGUGCGUGCGCUUGGAUAGAAGGAAGCGAGUGACAGUCAUCAUGGGCAUCAACAUGGCGGUUAUGGUGAUUGUUGCGAUUCUCGCUUUGGUGUUUGUUUUCGCAAACUGCACUCCACUUGCCGCAACAUGGAACCCCGCGUUGGGAACAUGCCAGAAGGUUAUCAGCCUGCAGACUGUCAGUUAUAUCGUCUCUGCCAUCCAGAUGAUCACGGACUGGACUUGUGCAAUUAUCCCUUUCUUCAUCGUUGCGGGACUGCAAAUGUCCCAAAGGAAGAAGGUCUCCGUCUGCGCUAUUCUCGGGCUCGGUCUAUUUGCCAGCAUUGCGACUGUCAUUAGAAUGCCCUACCUCAAAUAUUACGACACCGCCAAGUACCCAACAGAGAUUGGAUACCAUCUCGGCGUCAUCAGCAUCACCUCCAACCUCGAGUGCGCAUUGGGAAUUAUUGGAUGUUCUCUGCCGCCAUUGCGAAAACUUUUCAAGUUUUACUAUGGCUCAUCCCACGAUGGCAACUACAAAGUCUCAGGCGGGAGUGAAAAUGUUCUCGGCAGUGCAGGCCCGGCUAUUAAACUCGGCUCGCUCAGUGACCACGAUAGAACAUACCAUGCAUCAGCGAGGAGAACGGGCACCAGAGACCUUGAAACGGACGACGAUCGAGACGAUUCGAGCCACAAGGGCAUAAUCCGGAAAACUGAUGUCUACAUUAGCACAUCAUCGUUUAAAGGCCGAUAA